CUUACAGAGGAGAACAACUCUAUAAGAAUACUGAAGAAAGGAACACUUCACUGAAACUCUCAGCACUGCGACUUUCUGAUGAAGGAGCCUAUAAAUGUCUCAUUGAAACUCCAACCUGGUAUGAUGAUGUAAUUGUUUAUGUUGAAGUUAAAGGAAAACAUUUUCAUGGUUGGAAGAUUGCCAUCAUCUGCAUUUCAGUGUUUGCUGUUAUAUUAAUUGCGUUUACAGCUUACAUCAUGAAAGAUAAAUCCUCAAAAAAGAAGCUUUCUCCUGCACAGUGCUCAGUCAUAACGUACACGCGUCUCCAUUCAGAGCUUGUGAAGAAAGAAUUUGACCUGAAGAAUUACAACACAUCAGAGGAGGGAUACAGAAGACUCAUCCCAGCUAUCACAAACUGCAGAAAGGCUCGAUUUGUUGGCUGUAGUCUCACUUCACAGUCCCUCAAAACUUUAAGUGCAGCUCUACAAACAGAAAACUCCUCCCUGAGAGAACUAGACCUCAGUAACAGUGAUCUGCAGGGUUCAGGAGUGGAGCUGCUGUCUGCUGGACUGAAGAGUUCACACUGUAAACUGGAGAUACUCAGACUUGCUGUGUGUAAACUCCGUUACCAAUCCUGUGUUGCUCUACAGUCAGUUUUACAAACAGAAACCUCCUCCCUGAAAGAACUGGACCUCAGUAAUAAUGACCUGCAGGAUGCAGGAGUGGAGAAGCUCUCUGCUGGACUGAAGAGUUCACACUGUAAACUGGAGAUACUCAGAUUAGCUUUGUGUAAUCUUGGGAGGAAUACAUCUGGAUAUCUGGGAUCAGCUUUACAAUCAGAAACCUGGCCCUUGAAAGAACUAGACAUCAGUAAAAAUAAUCUGCAGGAUUCAGGAAUGGAGAUACUUUCUGCUGGUUUGAAAAGUUCACAAUGUAAACUGGAGAUACUCAGAUUAGCCAUCUGUAAUUUCACUGUGAAGUCUUGCAAAACUCUUAUAUCAGCCCUGCAAACAAAAAUCUCCUCCCUGAAAGAGUUGGACCUGUGUAGCAAUGAGCUGCAGGAUUCAGUAGUGGAGCUGCUCUCUGCUGGACUGAAGACUGGAGACUGUAAACUGGAGAUACUGAGACUAGCUUUGUGUAACCUUGCAGUAGAGACCUGUAAAAGUCUUGAAUCACUUUUACAACUGGAAAACGGCUCCCUGAAAGAGCUGGACCUCAGCAACAAUGACCUACAUGACUCAGGAGUGGAGCUGCUCUCUGCUGGACUGAAGAGUUCACACUGUAAACUGAAAACACUCAGAUUAUCUGGUUGUAUGAUCACAGAGGAAGGCUUUUCUUUUCUAGUUUCAGCUCUGACUUCAAACCCCUCACAUCUGAAAGAACUGGAUCUGACCUACAAUCACCCAGGAGUGUCAGGAGUGAAGCAGCUCUCUGCCAAACUGGAGGAUCCACAAUGCACACUGAGCACUCUCAGAGUGGAACAUGGAGGUGAGAACAGAAUCAAACCAGGACUGAAGAAAUAUUCCUGUGAGUUCACUCUGGAUCCAAACACAGCGCACAGUUCUCUCUCUCUGUCUGACGGGAACAGAAAGGUGGUGAAUGUGGGAUCUUCACAGUCGUAUCCUGAUCAUCCAGAGAGAUUUGAUGGGUGGAAUUAUCAGGUUCUGUGUAGAGAGAGUCUGACUGGACGCUGUUACUGGGAGGCUGAGUGGAGCGGAGGGUUGAAAUAGCAGUAACAUAUAAAUCAAUCAGCAGGAAAGGACACAGUUAUGACUGUCAGUUUGGAGGGAAUGUAAAGUCCUGGAUUCUGAGCUGCUCUAAUAACAGUUACUCUGUCCGUCACAAUAAUAACAGCACUGAACUCUCUGCUCGUCCCUCCAGCUCUGGGACAGUAGGAGUGUAUCUGGACUGUCCGGCCGGCUCUCUGUCCUUCUACAGCGUCUCCACUGAUAAACUGAC